CGUCAUCACUUAAGAACUCUAUUAACAAGUGUUGUAAUAAGGAAAUGGAAUGAGAGCUGGGUUGAAACCAAAUUCUAAGCUUCAAAAUGAAUAAAGCUCUUUAUUUAUUCUUGUUUUCCAACUUGCAGCUCUUGAUUCCAACUUACAAAAGUUCUUACACAUUUCGCUCCCAACUAAUUUUCCCAAUAUUGUCAUCUGAAGAAAAAUCUGACUGAUUAAUACCUAUUUGAGUCUGGUAUUAUGCAAGUCAAAAAAAUAUCCGCUUAAUGCUAAAAGAGAAACCAGAACUAAUCAAUACAUGCUCUGGUAAGAGGAAAACUUGUCCAUGAAUUUUCUUUAUGGAAUAAGAAAAUCAGAGGUGGAGAACAGAUGGGAAGGGAAAAAAGUUAAGUUUCUCUAUGAUCUUCUUUAACCUACAAUGCCCGCCAAAAGUAUUGGAACAGUCCAAUCAUCUUUCCUACUAAACGUCUCCCCUCCCCCCAUAUACAAUGUUGGAUUACGACUGGAAAAUGACAACAAAUGUAUGUUGGCGCACAAAUUGUAUAACCCAUGUUUAGCGACAUGCUCAUCCUUCUUCAAACCAUUGUAUAAGGGGGGGGGGGGUGGUUCCGUCUGCUUGAAAAUGGGAAAUGAAUUGAAAAAUAUACAUUUAUUAGAAGUACAAUCUCGGUGUUCCAACUACUUUUGGCGGGCAUUGUGUGUCCCUCAUUACUUAUUUGCUUCUUUGUGGCCCUUAUUACCAAGUGAAACUAAAAAUGUGCAAUUUAGCCCUCAAAUCAUUCCAAACGAUGCUUCUUCUUGAUAAUUCUUUCCGAUUACUUGCCUCUUCUUCAGAGGUGUUCCCCUUGUGAAACAUGGUUUUUGCUCAUUCAAAACUAAAUGAACAUCUUGUUCCUCCGCAUCGUGAGGAAAUGCAGAUUAAAUCUAAAGAUAAAGUGGUAUUGAAAUAAGAAACAACAUUUGCAACAAUUUCACAUAAUAUGUUUAUGUCGAUGACUUGAUUGCGUAUCUAUUAUUCCCUGAAGUUUGAACUAACUGGUCAAUUACCUCAUAUUAAAGAAAAACGCUUUCAGCUUUUGAGCCUAUUAACUGCACGGCAGUAGAAUGCAGCUUAGUGGAAACUUUGAUUGUUUCAAACGACGUUGUCUAUGGGCUGCUCACUCAGAAAUAUCAUUGGAACCUGCUGAAUCUGUCAUUUUGUUUGAUGAUCUUUGCUCAUGGUCAUAACGCCUGUUCACUGCGAUCAUUAGCCGAUUCGACUUUCAAUAGACCACACUAACACAACCUGUGAUACCAUCAAGAUCAGUGAUUCUGCUUCAGUUGUUUCUAAUCUGAUCCAGUGUUAACUCUGGUCUCGUUUGAAUAUUGGAUGCAUAAACUGGGAUAAAUUUGGUGUUCUUUAUAACCGAAGGCACUGCUAGGUGUCUGUGUUUGGCCUAGAAGCAUCUAUAUUACAGUAUUCUAUAUAUCAAAGCAUAUUUGAUUGCGUCGAAAAUUCAUUGAAUUUUGGCUGAGUGUUAUGACAGAUCGGAACCAAGAUUAACGAUGGCUACGGCAUUUAUGAGUUCCUCGCAAGUAAUUGAACAAAUUUAUGAACAGUUAAUCUGCGCAAUUUGCCUGGAAAGGUUCAAUAAUCCAAAGUUCCUUACCUGCCUUCAUACUUUCUGCUCACAGUGUUUGCAUCGAAUUACUAAUCAAACCCCAGCGAAACACAUCACUUGCCCCACAUGCCGCGUGGAAACCCCCAUACCCGAAAAGGGUAUCGAUCAGCUACCAAUAAAUUUCUUCAUAAAUAAUAUGCUUGAUGUUGUUCAGUAUAAGUUUGAGGAGAUAAAAAAAGAAAAGCGAAAAGGUCUUAAGUGCGAACAAUGUCAAGACAACGAAAAUUCGACCUCUCGUUGUGUCGAGUGUGACGUCAUGCUGUGCGGAGGCUGCAUCGCAGAACACAAACGAACCCGCGGGACUAUCGAGCACAGGAUUUUGGGAAUUGAUGAUGAUGAUUUUGGCAAUGGUCAAUCACUUGAUAACUACACACUUGCUUUUUGUAAGUAUCAUACGAAAAAUGUGAUAAAGUACUUUUGCAAUACAUGCGAUGAAGCAGUCUGCAGAGUAUGCACAAUUCUGGAACACAGGGAGCAUCAGUUUGUCUAUCCAAAAGAGGCUAUUCCGCAGCAAAAACCAAUCAUAGAGAAAUUGCUAGACGCGACAAAGACACACAUACCAAAACUAGGAAAUACAUUGGCAGAGGUGCGCGGGAUGCAGCAAACGUUGAAAGAAUGCAAGCAAAGCAUAAUUAGUGAGAUCAAUGCAAAAACGCAAGCCAGAAUAGAUGCUCUCUUAGUAGCAAAAGAGACGAUACUAGAGAAAUUGAACAAUAUAUAUGAGCGUAAACAGAAGAUUUUAAGUCUUCAACAGGAUGGUGUCGAGUUGGAAUUAGGCAAAAUUUCUGGGUGUUGCAGUUUUGCGGAGAAUGUGCUUGAGUUUGGAAAUGAAGUUGAAAUUCUUCAGAUUAAGUCAACACUUCAAGCACUGAACCAAAUGAAGGUGAAUUUGGAGCCGGAAGAAGAUGACACCAUUCAGUACAUCUGCAACAGUGACUCCAUACAAACAGUGAUGGCAUCCUUAGGUAGCAUUCAAGCCAGCCAAACCUUCGCCUCGUUAUCAUAUGCAGAAGGCGAUGGAUUCGAGUCUGCACGAGUUGGGGUUUUAGCCUCGAUCACGUUACAUGCUCGUGAUCGUCAUGGUCACAAGAAAGUUGGCGGAGACAGAGUAAAGGCGGCGAUUGUCUCACCGGAGGAGGUUGAGCAAGAUCUUAAUGUUGAAGACAAUGGCGAUGGGACUUAUGUUAUCACAUUUACGCCAGAAGUCAAUGGCAAACACGUGCUGCAUGUGCGAAUCCAAGACAAGCCAAUAAAGGACAGCCCAUUCCAAAUUUCUGUCAUCAAUCGCAGAGAGUACAGCGAAGUUGGCAGCAGCGUUAUGAAGUUCGGUCAAUACGGUUCAAAGAGGCGCGAGUUCAAGUCGCCGUUCGGUGUCGCCUGCGAUAAAGAAGGAUUCGUGUAUGUCGCCGACAGCUACAAUCAUCGUAUCCAGAUCUUCGGUCCCCGAGGUGAAUUCGUCAACCUAUUUGGAUCUCACGGCGAUCGCAAAGGCGAGUUCAAUUGUCCGACUGACGUUGCUAUUGAUGCUGAUAAUAGGCUUAUCGUUUGUGAUAAUGGUAAUAACAGGAUACAAGUAUUUACCAGAGCUGGGGGAAUUGUAAAUAAGUUUGGCAGAGAAGGGAUCAAAGGCGGGAAUUUCAAAUCACCUUGGGGAGUCACAGUCUCCCCAUCAUCACGUGAGAUCAUAGUCGCAGAUACAGACAACCACAGAAUACAGAUUUUCACCAAAGAAGGGAAAUUUGUCAUGAAAUUUGGUUCACAGGGUGAACGUGCAGGACAAUUUAACUCACCUUGUUAUGUGGCAGUAAACCACGACAAUGAGAACAUUCUCGUAGCUGACUCCAAAAACCAUAGAAUUCAGAUAUUCGAUCAACGUGGAAAAUUUAUCCAAAUGUUCGGCAUGCAUGGCCAAGGAGAGGGACAGUUUAAUCACCCAAGAGGACUUUCCAUGGAUAUUGCAGGAAAUAUAAUCGUAUCUGACAUGGGCAAUCAUCGCUUGCAGGUAGUCACAUACUCUGGGAAGCUCAUCAAAGUCAUUGGUUCAGAAGGCAACGGUGACGGCCAGUUGUCCUUCCCCGAGAGUGUAGCGGUCACGCCAAACGGCUACAUAGUUGUUUCUGAUCUUAGCAAUAACAGAAUACAAGUAUUCUAA